AUGAAAGAAGAUGUGCAGAGUAUAAACUUGUUGCUGGCAAUUACAGAGAUCAAAUAUGGUUUUGUGAAAGCUUUUGAGAGUGCUCAUGAGGUUUCAAAGAUUCUUAAGGCCAAUAUGUUGCAAUACCACACUCAUUAUACAGAUAACAUUGGAGUUGUUAAAUUGGUUGUAGCCACAUUAGAUGGACCUUUACCCACAGCCACAUUAGAUGGACCUACAACUCCCGUCGGAGCUCUGAGUAGCACUUUAGCUAAACUCCAAGCAAGUCCCAAAUUUCGUAAGCUUCGUGAAGCUGGAAAGAGCAUCACGAAGCACAUUGGACCUCAAGCCCAUGAAGUUACAACGAAGGUGGAUGAGUAUGUGAGGGGAAUGAUUAGUGUUAGAGGGUCGAGAUUGUUUAAGGAGCACAGGUUAUAA